CUUUUUCCAUGGAUUUACUGCGUUUGACUUUACCCAUGCUGAUUUUCUCUCCAUUUUUGGAAGGGUUGACCAGAAGGCAUGGAUGUCAGCGUGUGACCCUGUGCCAAGUGUGCGGGCGAGGCAAGGUGUUUUGGCAGCUCAGGUGCUUUUAAGAUGUUGAGUCCUCCCUGCGUGGCCGGGGCCCCUGUUCGGAUCAGUAGCACUGAGGCUCCUUGUAGCCAAAGACAUGGACCCCGACUCGGCUCCCCCACGCCCUCAGCCUGUUGGCCACUGGCCCCACACCGCUUUGUAAAGGAUGUCCCUCAGCAGAGCUCCGGCCCGGGACACCUCUGAGACUCCCACCCCAAGAGAACGCAUCCGCAGCCACAUGAAGAUGGUGAUUGAUCAGCUGGAAGGCAUUCUCAAGGAGCUCAAGGAUGUGGCCAAGGAACUCCGUGAGGUGGUGGGUCAAAUCGAUAAACUAACGUCUGACUUUGACUUCGACCUGGAGCCAGAUGACUGGACAGUGGCCACAGCUAGCAGCACAUCCAGCAGCGAACGGGGUCUGGGAGAAGCCUUCAGAUUGGACUUCCUCAACACAGAUGUGCUUUCAGACAGCUGGGAGUUUUGCAGUUACCUUGAGGCUGCGGGUGCAGCUGCCCGCAGAUUUAGCGAACAACCAGGGGAUCUACGACAAGAGCUGGGCCAUGAGACCAUCCCCACUCAAACCCAGACUCCAACACCACCUCCCAGCACUGCCUCGGUGUACUCCCAGAUGAACGGCGGGCUUCCCAUCCCUAAUGGGCCACGCAUUAUUACGCCAGAUUCAUCGAGUGAGGAGGCCAGCAGCUCCACACACAGCCAAAAGACCUCCCGUACUUCUGGCACAAGAGAGAGAGUUCGCUUUAGUGAUAAAAUUCUGUACCAUGCAUUGUGCUGUGAUGAUGAUGAUGAUGAGGAGGAGCAAGAUGAGUUACAAGAGGACAAGAGUGGCUGUGCUACUCCAGAGAGUGAUACUGAGCCCAGCUUCCUGGGCAGCUCGGUUUCCCCCAAACAUUCUUCCUCUGAGCAUUCACUUCUCCAUAACUGUCUUGACUCUUCCUAUGUCUCCUCACCAUUGAAGGGGAUGACAGGAGCUCACACAUUACCCAGGAAAGGUCUCCUAAAUCCCAGCUGCCGCAAAAAACUGUUACGAAAUAGCAGCACACAAACUGUCUCAGACAAGAGCACUCAAACUGUACUGCCCUAUAUUCCAACCAAACAGAAAACAAAGGACUACUGAGAAAGCCUGAAGUUUCUCAUAAAUCUCAUGAAGAGAACUGUGCAUUAUUUAAUAUUAAAUACAUAGCUCAUAGAUUAAUACACAAAUAAAUAAAUUACUAAAUAAACAAAUGAUAUAUGGGAAACCACUUGCCUACCUAAAGUCAUUCUGAGGCUCAGGGAAAAAAAAAGAAAUGAAGUACAGCACAACAUUAAGAUGAAAGGUUAUGGUGGACCAAAAUGUUAGUGCCUGUUCUCAUGUAAGGAGAUGAAUGGACAUAGUAAGUAUAAUUAUGUGAAUUGAUGUUGGUGAUUACAAAAGCAAUCAUUUUUAACAAAAUAUUUUUAAAUGAAAACAAUUGGAAGUAUGAAAUUAUGCAGACGUCUUUUUCCCUCAUCACACAAUAGUAGAAGUCAUAAAGACAAAAAAGGAAAUGCUUGUUUCUAUCA